AUGGGCUAUGGUGUAGCGCAUUCACAGUUAGGUGCCUGCACUGAUCCUCCAAAGAUGAAGAGAAUUUUGUUGCUGGUCGCGAUUUUCGCCUACAAUGACGCAACAGAGGGUGUGGCUCCUCCCUCCACAUGCCGUUACUGGUGCAGGACACCCGAGGGUCAGGCCUACUGCUGUGAGAACAUCAACCAGCCACAGAGUACUGCCGGUGUAGUCAAACCGGGAUUCUGUCCCCCCGUUCGUCCAGUGUGUCCUCUUAGGAGCUUCCAGCCACCAUUCACUUGCUCUAACGACGGCGCUUGCGGAGGCAUCGACAAGUGUUGCUUCGACAGGUGUCUCGGCGAGCACGUGUGCAAGGCUCCUCUGGGAAUUGGGCGAUAGAUAUUCAAGAUUCUGUAGAAAGUCAUCAGUACCUUUAAGAGGUAGGAUGAUUUCUUUGUGAAUAUUAGCCUAUUCGAUUUCGAAACCACGUGUAAAAAUAACGUAUAUAUCUUAUUAAAAAUUGUUUUAAAAAA